AUGCUGGGCUCUCUGCGAGGUGGGACACUAGAGCAGCAGCAGCAGAAGCAGCAGCAGCAGCAGAAGCAGCAGCAGGAGCAGCUGCAGCAGAAGCUGGAAGUCGCCGGGGCCACGGCGAGGAGGGACGCAAGAGCAGUAGCAGCAGCAGCAGCUGCUGCUGCUGCUGCUGCAGCUGGAUAUUGCCGGAGCCACGGCGAAGCGGGAUGCAAGAGCAGCGGCAGCAGCAGCAACAGCAGCAGCAGCAGCAACAGCAGCAGCAGCGGCUGCGGCUGCUGGAGUUUGGUUUGCGCGCAGAGGCUUGACUGA